AAAUCUGAAUACCUCCGACAUCAAAUAUUUAAAUCUGAAUACCUCCGACAUCAAAUAUUUAAAUCUGAAUAUUCCCGACAUCAAAUAUUUAAAUUUGAAUACCUCCGACAUCGAAUAUUUAAAUUUGAAUACAUCCGACAUCAAAUAUUUAAAUUUGAAUACAUUCGACAUCAAAUAUUUAAAUUUGAAUACAUCCGACAUCAAAUAUUUAGAUUUGAACAUUCCCAACAUCAGUAUAUA